AUGGGCGACGUGGACGCAGAGGCGAUCGCCCAAGAGCUCGUGGCCAAGAAAGCUCCGCUCUUACGCGAAGAAAUCCUGCAGCUCGCUUUCUAUCUUCCGAAUCAAGGGCAGCACAAAGCGGCCGGCGAGCGGGGCAGCGCUUUCUUCGCAGGAGCCUAUCGGCACGGAGGCAUCACUCGCUUGCGAUCCUCCUACCGUUCGUGGCCGUGGUCAAUCCAGGCGGUCACCCGGUACAUCCAGCAGAAGGUGCCGGGGAACGUGUUCACAUCGUUCGCCAUCCUCUACGAUCAAGAGGCGAAGCCCCAUCGCGAUUCGGGCAAUGAGGCGACUCCGAACGUAGUCAUUAAGCUCAGUGACUUCCACGGGGGCGGGCUCUGGAUCGAAGAUCCGCUCGGGCAGGAUCCCCAAGACAUAGACGGCCGCACCAUCCAGGGCACUAACACGGAAUUUGAACAGGAUACCAUCGUGUUCAACGCCAAGGAAGCUCUUCACAUGAUGCUCCCCUGGGAAGGCACGCGGGUGGUCCUGGCGGUCUAUUCCGUUCAGGAUGUCGAUCGGAUCCCUGCAGAUGAGUUCGAACAGCUUCUGCAGCUCGGAUUCAAUCCGGCUCCGGUGCAGACGGGCGACCAUGCGGACGCCCCAUGGCAAGUCCCGACUUUUGCUCUGCGCACCGAAGCUGCAGAUCGCAAGCGACCGCAUGGAGCUCCUGUUCGAGGUCGUGAUCAUCGUCAGCGAUCUUCUGGUCAAAAGGCGAUCGCUGCCGGCUACCAGAUGAAGAAGUCGGUCGUCCUUCCUUUGAUCACGACUGAGAUGCAUCCAGGCGAAGCGAUCGAGUUUGCGCUCGAUACGAUCCAUCCCUUCACCAAGAAUGCCACGAUCGAUUCUGAUCUUCAAGCCGUUCUGCAAGAGAUAGUAGAUCAUCCUGCGGCAAUGUGCGAUCGUCGUGAGUCUCUCCUACAGCACUGGGACGCUCGCGCACGAGAUCUCGUGCCUGAGUCCGAAAGCUUGCUCAAGCAGAUCCCGGACCGCCGGUGGCGCUCGGCGCUUUCUUCCACGUGGCUCUAUGGCGUGUUCCGAUGUGGACUUGGUGGAUCAGAUCAUGGCCGGCAUGCCGAUCGUGGGUGA